AUGUCCCAACCCCUCCAACACACCGACCUCAUCUUCCCCGAACUCGCCACCGACUUCAACAAAACCCUCGGCUCCCUCAAAUCCCACACCCUCUCCAUCCCCAACCGCCUCCGCUCCAUCCUCACCGACGCCUCCUUCGUCACCUCCGUCGCUCACGCCUACCACCUCCCCCUCGUCGCCAACGAGCGCUGCGGCUCCUGGUACAUCCCUCCCUCCCUCAAAUCCGCCUCCGCCUACUUCAAGUCUACCGACGGCCACUUCGCCCAAUGGUCCUUCUCCCUCCGCCGCCUCAACCUCCCGCUCCUCGGCCUCCUGCCCCACCACGGCGGCGCUAUUAUCGUCGAUUCCACCCGCCGCGGGAAGAAGAUCCCCGACGCCCUCAGCAAGACCGUUCCCAUCUGGUGCGCCGUCUGGAAUCGUCUGCUUCGCCCGGACGACCCGGAGUGUCACGCACUGGCGACCCCCCCGUCCGCUGUAUCCCGCUCCGAGCACGCGCAGAUCGCCGCUCGUCUAGACCAGUUCAUCGCGCAGGCGAAGGUGCUCGACCUGGACCUCGAGCCGCUCCGCCAGGAGCUAAAGAAACCGCUCCGUCCUCUCUGGGUGACCACGGAUUCCAUCCUCCCCGAUUCCUCUCCGCAGUUCGACGAGUUCUACCCCAUUGUCUGCUGUACGUCGUCGCGCGCCGUCGGAGGCGCAGAGAUGUCGGAAGGGGGGUAUAUCCAGGGGGCGGGGGAUGAUGCCGAAGGAUGGAGUCGCGGGCUCACGGCGCCGGUGUUCUGGGCGAAUAAGGAGGCGUUGCUGGGGGCGCCGGAAGGGGAUUUGCCGGAGAUUAUUGAGGGGUUGAUGGCGCGGGAGGAGGGUGAGAGGCGGGGUGGGGAGAAGGGAGAGGCAGCGCUGGUGAAGCCGACGAGGGGACUUUAUCUUGGGAGGGUUGGGGCGGUGGAUGGUGGGCCAUUCGGGGUUGUGGUGCAGUGUGGGGCGGAGGCGGAUGAAGUGGUGCAGAAACGGUUGGGGAAGAGAUAUCUAUAUCUGAAUCCUGGAGAAAAGAAGGUAGGAGGUCGAUAUCUUCGGCACCUACUUCCGCGCGUGAAGUUUUUUAUCGAAGGCCUGGAAAAGGACGACGAGGCGAAAGAGACGGGGAAGGCGGUAGAUGACGAUGUGAAGGUUCUGAUAUGCGAUGACGAGGGGAAAGACAUCGCAGUGGGAGUGGCGUUGGUCGUAUGUUGUCUGUUCUAUUCUGAUGACGGGACAUUCAGCACGCAAGCAAGAACAACCAGGAUCGACAAGGACUUCAUACGCCGACGGCUAGGCUGGAUAGUCUCCUCGUCCUCAACCGCGAAUCCAUCGAGGGCGACGUUGAGAUCCGUGAAUGAGUUUCUGAUGAGCCAACGGUAUGGUGGGUAA